CGGCGGCCCUGUCAGGCCCGCACGGGGGCGCGCUCGGGGCCGCGCCAGGCCACGGCCCGCGCGCCGCAGCCCGGGACGGCAGAGCGGUGCGAGCCCAGACGAGGCGCGCCGAUCGGAGCGGCGGCGGCGGGCGGCUGAGAGUGAAGUCUCUCCAGUUGGGCGUGGAGACCUUGAGAAGCAGCCGAAGAAACCUGGCCAAGAGCAUGUUCCGAUGACCUCAGCCCCACACGCACUGACAGAGGCCCGGCCCCAGGAUCAGAGCCGACACAGGAACUGAACUCACUCCAAGACAGAAACAGCCUCCGCCAGUCAAGAAACCCUCCAAAGUAUUUUGCCAUGGAUGUAGAAGAUGAAGAGAACCUGAGUUCGAGCAGCACAGAGGCUAAGGACAGCUGCAGUGUGGACCCUGGGCCCCCGGGGGACAGCGCUCCGGGGCCGGCUGACAGCUACCUGCUCCCCAACGGGGGCGGGGGCGGCGUCGGCAGGAAGCGGCCCCUGGACGAGGGCAGCAAUGGGCAUGCCAAGUUCCGCCUGAAGAAGCGGAGGAGGGCGCCGGGGCCCGCGCUGCCCAAGAACGCGCUGAUGCAGCUGAACGAGAUCAAGCCCGGCCUGCAGUACACGCUGCUGUCCCAGACGGGGCCGGUGCACGCACCGCUCUUCGUCAUCUCCGUGGAGGUGAACGGGCAGGUGUUCGAGGGCUCCGGCCCCACCAAGAAGAAGGCCAAGCUGCAGGCGGCCGAGAAGGCCCUGCGCUCCUUCGUCCAGUUCCCCAACGCCUCCGAGGCCCACCUGGCCAUGGGCCGGAGCCUGUCCGCCAACACGGACUUCACGUCGGACCAGGCGGACUUCCCCGACGCGCUCUUCAACGGCUUCGAGACUCCGGACAGGUCCGAAGUGCCCUUCUACAUGGGCUCCAACGGCGGCGACGACUCCUUCAGCUCCAGCGGGGACCUCAGCUUGUCCGCCUCCCCCGUGCCCGCCACCGUCGUCCAGCCGCCCCUCCCGGUCCUGCCCCCGUUCCCCCCGCCCGCCGGGAAGAACCCCGUGAUGAUCCUGAACGAGCUGCGCCCGGGCCUCAAGUACGACUUCCUGUCGGAGAGCGGGGAGAGCCACGCCAAGAACUUCGUCAUGUCCGUGGUGGUGGACGGCCAGUUCUUCGAAGGCUCGGGGAGGAACAAAAAGCUGGCCAAGGCCCGGGCCGCGCAGUCUGCCCUGGCCACCAUUUUUAACUUGCACUUGGAUCAAACGCCAUCUCGCCAGCCCAUCCUCAGCGAGGGCCUCCAGCUACACCUGCCCCAGGUGUUAGCCGACGCCGUGGCCCGCCUGGUUCUGGAUAAGUUCGGUGAUCUGACGGAGAACUUCACCUCCCCCCACGCACGCAGGAAGGUUCUUGCUGGAAUCGUCAUGACAACAGGCACCGAUGUUAAAGAUGCCCAGGUGAUAUGCGUUUCCACAGGAACGAAGUGUAUUAACGGCGAGUACAUGAGUGACCGUGGCCUCGCUCUGAAUGACUGCCACGCAGAGAUCAUAUCUCGGCGGUCCUUGCUCAGGUUCCUUUACACACAGCUUGAGCUGUACCUAAACAAAGAGGAUCAGAAGAAGUCCAUCUUCCAAAAGUCCGAGCGGGGCGGCUUUCGGCUGAAGGACACGGUCCAGUUCCACCUGUACAUCAGCACCUCGCCCUGCGGGGACGCCAGGAUCUUCUCGCCUCACGAACCAAUCCUGGAAGAACCGGCAGACAGACACCCGAAUCGCAAAGCCCGGGGACAGCUGCGGACGAAGAUAGAAUCUGGCGAGGGGACGAUCCCCGUGCGCUCGAAUGCGAGCAUCCAGACGUGGGACGGGGUGCUGCAGGGCGAGAGGCUGCUCACCAUGUCCUGCAGCGACAAGAUGGCACGGUGGAACGUGGUGGGCAUCCAGGGCUCCCUGCUCAGCAUCUUCGUGGAGCCCAUUUACCUCUCGAGCAUCAUCUUGGGCAGCCUGUACCACGGGGACCACCUCUCCAGGGCCAUGUACCAGCGGAUCUCCAACAUCGAAGACCUGCCCCCUCUCUAUACCCUCAACAAGCCUCUUCUCAGUGGCAUCAGCAACGCAGAAGCGCGGCAGCCGGGGAAGGCUCCCAACUUCAGCGUCAACUGGACGGUGGGCGACUCGGCCAUCGAGGUCAUCAACUCCACGACGGGCAAGGACGAGCUGGGCCGAGCGUCACGCCUGUGUUCCCACCAGCCUGCAGCGCUCCAAGAUCCUCAAGCCCAACCUGUACCACGAGUCCAAGCUGGUGGCGAGGGAGUACCAGGCGGCCAAGGCCUGCAUGUUCCGGGCAUUCAUCAAGGCGGGGCUGGGGGCCUGGGUGGAGAAGCCCACCGAGCAGGACCAGUUCUCGCUCACACCCUGACAGGCGGCGGCAGGGGUGGAGCGCCAAGCGCCCGGCACCCGGCGCCUUCCCGAACCUCCAUCCGAACUGGGAUGGGCACACAGCGGGGGGCGGGGAAGGGGGGUCCCGUGCCGCCCUGGGCACCUCUGCGGCACCAUCUCCCCCCCCAGGGCCCAGUGACUGCUUUCAAUCUCCGUUUACGAUAGAAAUUGAGUUCUACUGAGUAGGGCUUCCUUAAGCUUAGAAAUAGCAAUUACUUGGUGUGAAAUUCUUGAAUAAAUAAUUUAUUCAGAGCUAGGAACAUGAUUUAUAUAAAAUAAGUACUUAUGCCAGGUCACUCUUAUGCCACAUUAUUUUAAUUGCAAAAAAAAAAAAAAAAAAAAAAAAAAAAAAAAAGCGUUCUCUAUGGAGGAAGAGUAAGUAGAGGUAGGAAGUAGUAACCGAGGGAAGUACAAGUCCACACUCCACAUCCCCGACGGGGCCCAGCCGCUCCGGAAGCUUCUGUGCUCCUCGUAGGAUCAUAUCACAGAAAACCUCCCUUGGUUCACUUCUAUAUAGUCAGGGGUGAAUGGGCCAUUCGUUUGGGUUUUGAAGCAGUAUUUAACCUUUUGGGACCAGUGGGAGCACAUCCGGGCUACCGCACAAUAACCAGCCUGACCCCACUCCUCCCUCUGAGCCCGACGCCAUGAGCGAACACUCAUUUUGAAAAAUACCACUUAAGGCAUCUUUUUAAGUUAUUCCUUUCAGCUUUAUCAAAGGCACAUUUGAGAAGAAAGCACGCAGGCCGAAGGCGGCAGCACAGUGGGCGGGGCGGAGUCACGGCAGGGAAGGGUGCUGCUGGCAGGUGAGGACCCAGGGGUUCUGCUCAGCACCCUCCAGCACACAGGACGGCCCAGGGCAGGCGAGCCAGGGGGUCAGGGCUGGUCGAGGCCAGCUGCCCCCCAAACUGUGCUCAGAGACCCAUACCAGUGACCUGUUGCUUCCACUCGGGGUCAGCGCUGAGUGGGUGGAGGAAGUGCUUCGAGCCCUUGGCUGACUCUGGGUUGUGGAGGGGCCCAUGGGCGCCGUGGGGAGAGAUAGGGGACACCCCUCCCCACAGCGAAGUCCCGGCGCCGACACCGGUGGCAUCGGGCUGUGCACCCAGUGUCCCGUGUCCUCAGGCUCAGAAAGCGCAGCGUGUGAAGCCCUGCUGAUCACAUCCUGGGGGGCCCACAUGCGGGACUCCCAGGCUCAGGCACCAGCAUUCCCCCUCUGGAGAGUGUUGCUCGUCCCCAGCCCCCUGAGGGCGGGCUCAGGCCUGGUUCCCAUGCGCUGGCACUUUCCCCAUCGCAGGGAAGGGCCCUCGUGGUGCCGGCCCUCCCCGCAGGCUCGCCCACGCCCGGAAGACAUCGGGGAGGCCCUGUGUUUUUAUGCUUCUCUCUACAAAUGGUAUUUUUUCUAACGGGGAAUGGGAGAUGGACUUAGUUUUUAAAAAAAAAGAUGUGGAUUUUGACGACAAAGCCCAGUGGAAAUACAUUCCGUAGACGAGUCCCGUCCCAUGUGUCCUGCCGUCCCUCUGUCAGAUGCUGAGAGAAGUCGGCUGAGUCCCUCUCGCCCAGGUGAGUGGAGGCCUUACUGUGUGCCGCUCCCGUGGGACCCGCGCUGGGCACCAUCCUGGGCCGGGCUUGUGUGACCAGCAGGGCAGGCUCGAUGCAGGGCUGGGCCUGAAGCACCCAGGCCUAGCCUGUGGCUGCCUGGGAGGAAGGCAGGAGGCCCACCCAGCCCCUGCUCCUGGGACAGGGAAACCCCUAGGACAGGCGGCCGGAAGCUCUCCCCUGAGCAGGAAGGAGGGUUGGUCGGGUCACUCCUGCAGAGACAAAGCACUUUAGACUGUCCCCUCUGUGCUCACCGCGCUCUGGACACCCAGCUGGCUCCUCGGGGCAUUGAUUGGCAUCUAGGGUCCUCUAUCUGGACUUUUGAGACGUCACAGAAAAAUUGACACAACCAGGGACUUGUUUUUUUUUUGUUUGUUUGUUUUUGAGAAAAACGUUAAGUUUUGAGGACUUCUGACCAGUGGGGUGGGGAGGGUUUCUGCUCUGGCAGCUAAACCUGAGUCAGUUCCACAGGAACCAGUCACCGCCCAGCCCAGGCCCUGGCGGCCAGGCUGCUGGCAGGAAGGGAGUGGAAGGGACGUCUCGGGUGGCAGGACGUUUGUGUCGUGAGCCAGGCUCUUCCAGGCUGGGCCACAGCCGGGGGCCGGCAUCCUAGCCACGUGGCCCAGCCCCCAUCACCUGCUCAGGGUCAGCCUCACCUUCUCAGGCAAGGGGCACCGCCAUUUCGAUCCCGGAUCUUCAUUGAACCUUUCUUCCUAUUUGGGAGAUUUGCAUUGUCAUCAAAAACAAAUUAUUUUUGAAUGUCCCCUCCAGCCAACAUCUCGGAAAGGAUUGGUUUCUCUGGAAUCCAUGUUUAUUCGAACCACCUCAUCGGUCUCCGCGCUGUAGGGUCGCUUUGUAAAGAAGCGCUUCCUGUUCAGUGACUUCUCGUGGCUGCUGGGGAGCAGCUCCAUCCCUCCCAGGACCUGAGAGGGGACAGAGGCUGCAUGUCCUCCUCACAGAACACGACACAGACGGGCCCCUCCAUUUUCAAACUAUGUAUACCAAAAUGUAAGGUCUACCCCAGCCACAGAGAAAUAAAAUUAGCUGGCUUUUCCAUCUCUACAUCCUAUGAAAUCUCUCAAAAGGUUUCCGGCCGUGUACAUGGGAAGGGCAGAGUACUUGUGAUCAUGUGUGUCCAGUUCUGUGUGUCCUUGUCCCCCGCGUGUCCUGUGCCCACCUCCUGCCCACAGCACACAGUGUGUCCACACGAUGGGAGGGGGUGGGGGACAGGGUCUGACCUGAUUCUGGCUCAGCGGCUGCACUUCCCUGCACGCUGUUUGAAGGGAUCAGCCUCCAGCCCCCAAGAUACCUGUCCAGGUGCCAGGCACACCUGUUCGGGCUCCGGUGUGGCUGAUGGUGCGCCAGGCCUGAGGGCAUCCUUUGGAGGUGCCCACCAACGGCGGAAGGCAUGGUCUCCGGAGUGUUGAUGGGGUGAGCCCGAAAGCCCUCGCCCUCUCAGACUGUAGGCUGUGUGCUUUGAACUUGACUUCUGAACUUGGACACUUUAUGUGACUGUAAUUCGGCCAACAAACCAUCGCUGAGACGCCCCUCGGUGUUCCCAUAUGUAUAUUGAUGUAUAUACCACACGUCACACCUGCAUGCGCUCCUCGCGCACCGAGACCCGUGGGACCGAGCAUGAGACGCUGUCACGUAGACAAAGGAUUUGCAACAUCCUCAAUAAAACCAAGCGUUUCACUA